CACUAACUCAGCGAGCCAGCGAGCCAGUAACACAUGUUGUGAACCCUUUGGCCGUCUCUUGUAACAUAUCUAGGUAUCUUGGUUCUUCUGGCACCCAUUGGGUUGCCCCUCCAGCAUGAUCAAAGGGAGCUGCGCUUGCGGGCGCAUCCAAUAUGAGACUCAAGCUCAGCCCCUCGCCCUGACGGCCUGUCACUGUGUCACUUGCCAGCGCGUAUCUGGUGGACCGUAUCUGGGCUUCGUGGGCAUUCCCGCUUCAGCGGUGGAAUGGAAACAGCAGCCGGAUAUCUGGAUUGCGAGCGACAUUGCUGAGCGUGGCCACUGCAAGUCCUGUGGCUCUGCAGUUUUUAUGCGGUACUUCUUCGAGGCAGACCGCACUGCGGUGACUCUAGGGACAGUGGUAGAGGCCGAGCCCGCGCUGCCACCCUUGGGGGCGCACAUCUUUCUCAAGGACAAAGCACAGUAUCUCGUUCUCGCGGAUGACGGGGCCAAACGAUAUGAUGAGUUUUCGGAAGAGUUUCACAACAGGAUCGAACAAUGGAGAGCCCGUCAGCAGGAGAGGUAGAGGGCGAGAUUAAAUGAAGCGAAGGAAGAGGCAGAUGGGAGCAAACGAAGCAGACAACAACGACAAAGCGAAUCAAGCAGACCAGUGAAUUCUGCCUCACC